ACGAAAAAACAAGAUCUUACAUGAAGAUUUUGUAACAAACCUCAAUCACGUUUAAGUAUCUUAUACUUCCAUUUUUCUUGUUCUAGUCGCACAGAAGAAAAUGGAUUUUUUUAUGCUCUUAACAUAUCUUUUUUCUCUCUUCCACAAUAAUCAAACAGGUCCUUCUCAUUCUUCUCCUGAUGUUAACAGUAAAAUUUUCAAUGUUUUUAAUUAUGGAGCAAUAGGAAAUGGAUAUGCCGACGAUACUAAGGCAUUCAUGGAUGCAUGGGAAGACACAUGCAAUUACAUUGGAUCUAAAUCAACCAUGGAGAUUCCUCAAGGAAGAACAUUUCUUCUUCAGCCAAUCGGGUUUCAUGGUCCUUGUAAAUCCAAGAAAAUCGUUUUUUCGAUCAGUGGAAACCUAACUGCUCCUUAUGCUCCAUAUCAAUGGAAAUGCAAUGAAGAUUACUGUCAUCAGUGGAUCGAAUUUGCACAUAUUAAUGGACUUUAUAUCGAUGGUCCUGGUACGAUUGAUGGCCAAGGACCCAAAUGGUGGUCGCUAAAUUGCAAAAAGUAUGAACAAGCAUGCCACAGAAGACCACGGGGUAUGGUUAUAUCACAUUCGAGUAAUGUGCAUAUAAGUAACAUUGUGGUUAAAGACAGUCCAAAUUUUCAAAUGUCAUUGGAAGAUUCUAAAUGGAUUUUCGUUAAGCAACUCACCAUAACCGCCGAUGGUGAUAGCCCUAAUACUGAUGGCAUUCACAUUCAACGUUGUCGGAAUGUCUUCGUACACAAUAGUAACAUUCAUACAGGUGAUGAUUGUAUAUCUAUUGGUGAUGGUUCAAAGUACGUUAAUAUAUCAGGAAUCUCGUGUGGUCCGGGUCAUGGGAUAAGCAUCGGAAGCUUAGGUCGAAAUGGUUCUAAAGAAACAGUGGAAAACGUCAUCGUUCGAGACUGUAUCUUCAGGAAAACAGAUAAUGGAGUUAGAAUCAAGACAUGGCAGGGAGGAAGAGGACUAGUUCGAAACAUUUUAUUUGAACGUAUAAAGCUACAUGGUGUAACCCGACCUAUCAUCAUCGAUCAGUUUUACUGUCCUCACUCACAAUGCAAUAACCAUACCGAUGCUGUGGAGAUCAAGAAUAUAAUGUACAAGCACAUACAUGGAACAGCAGUGAAGAAACCGUUUGUGGAACUACUAUGCAGCAAAUCAGUUCCAUGCAGAGAUAUAUACAUGAACGAUAUAGACAUUCUUGACCAAGACGAAGGAAAAGGAAAGAAAUAUCACAAACGAUCGUCACAUCCUCCUGCUGAAUGCAUCAAUGUUAGAGGAGAGUCUAAUGGUGCGAUAAAGCCUAAGCUAGCUUGUUUAGAUUCCGAAAGACAUUGAUUUGUCUAGCACACUUCUUUUUAGUUUAUUUUAUGCUUUUGAUGAAUUAGUUAGGAAGAGAACCACCAGUAUUCGUAUUUUUUUUCUUAUUUUGAUAUGCUUAAGAAAUAAUUAAAAAGUUAUUUUGAGUUA